AUGCGGCCGCGUCGGGCCCAGGCGGCGGGAUGGAGAACAGCUGCCGUGGAGGAGGAGGAGGAAAAAGAGGAGGAAAAAGAGGAGGAGGCGGCCGUGGUGGUGCGGCCGGCGCUGCACCGGAGCGCGGCCUUGGAGCAGCCCCUCCGGAGGCUGGAGGCGGCGCAGGAGGCUGAGAGCUCCAGCGACAGUAGCGACAGCAGCGAUAGUCCCCCGGCGCCUUCUCUUUACCAGGUGGAGCUGCUGGCCCAGGGGGACACGGUCUUCGACAUCCUAGAUGGGCGAGCGCACGAGGAGGUGCGCAAGAAGCUCCUCCUUGCCCAGGAGGAGCCCGGCAGGGAAGUCACGUUUGUGGGCGAGAUGCGGACGUCCAAGGCCUUGAGGCUGCAGCACGGGGGGAAUCGGGCCGUGGCAGUGCGUGGGCGCUUCACGGCCCUGCGCUGGCCGGCCUCCCCCUCCGCCACAGCCUUCCUGGCCCUCUGCACCCCCGUCGCACGGUUGCCUGCGGACGGUGAUGCUGGUUCCCAGGACCACCUCUUCCAGAGCACCCACAUGCUAGACAUGACGUUUACCGACGUCACGGAGAGUGUCACCUACCACCUCGGCUACCGCAGGGAGGAACUGAUCGGUCAGUCAUGGUACAACCUCCUGCACCCCGAGGAUGCUGACCUAGCGGCCGCCCAGCACAGGGCCGUGGCAUUUGGGGCUGGGGCCGCAGCAGAGACAGCAGUGCUGCGCCUGCUGCGCAGGGACCGGACCUGGGCCUGGCUCGGUGUGUUGGCGCAGCGGGACUGCAGGGACCACUCCAUCACCUGCACCAGCCGCUGCCUCAGGGAGGAGGAGGCGGCCUACCUACGUGCCCGACACCACCACAACAACCACCACCACCUCGCACUCUGCACCACCGCCCCGCCACUGCCGCCCGCACCUCCCGCCGCGGCCCCGCCGGCGGCCGGACUAGAGCUCAGCCUGCUGGCCGCCCAGCUCCGCGCCCUGGCCGACAGCCUCUCGCCGCCCCCCGCUGCCGCCGCUCCGGCCUGGCCCGGGCAGGAGGCCGCCAUCUUCCCGCACGACGCCUCCUUGGCCUGUCUCCUAGGCAACGCGGCGGAAGGGGCGGGGCUUCUAGCCGCGCAUGCGCCCUGCGCCUACUACCCGCACCAAUAAAACGUUGGCUUUCUUCCCUUGUCAGCCUAUCGGCUUCCGUUCUGUCUGCGCGUGCGCCGCCCCGCCCCGCCCCUUCCGGUCGCGUUGCUUUCCCU